AUGUCGGAGGCGAUGGAAGCGACCCCGGCUGCGGCCGAGCAGCAGCAGCAGCAGCACCAACACCACUCCUCUGCAGAGUCUGUAGAGCAGAUACCCGCGGCCACUGCUCAUGCUCAUGUCCCCGGAACCGAGGACGAGCGCGUCGCCGCAGAGGUCUCGGACGCCCCAUCCUCGGACGCUCACACUACAUCGGACUCUGCGACACCAUUAUAUGCGCACCCAGACGCCAACGCAUCAACAUUGUCAGUGUCAGAAAGCGAAGACUCGUUUGUGUCUGCGGCAAACGGUCCUAUCGAGGUCGAGGCCGUGGCGGAUAACCCCCUGGCCAACAACCCCCUCGCGGGUAUUGAAGACACACCACGGUCCGACCCCCUUGGCUUGGCGGCGGCUUCCUCGUCCGACCAUCGUCUCCCCACCACCGCCGCUACCGCAACAGCAACAGCGGAAGACGAUGGCGCGGGUACGCGACCAUCAACAACACGGCCACAUACGGUGCGGUGGAGUCUGCCCGAGGGACAGCCACAAGCCGCACCAGAGCCCCGCACGUUGCUGAGAUCGUUGCCGGAUGACGACGACGACGCAGACGCAGACGCCAGCAGCGUGGAGAGUGCUGGGGGUGUGUUCGCGUUUGAACGCCCGCCCACAGCACCCACCGGCGAGGGGGCUGGCGCUGCACACCUGCCUGCUACGGAUGGCCACCACCGGUUAUCGAGCAGCGAGCACCAGCCCGACGUUCAUGCGCCGCCUGCGGCCGCGAUUGGUGUGUUUGACGUCGACGUUGGAGGAUACCACAGCCAAGAGUUCUUUGACGCCGCCCGGCCACCACCGUUCAGUGGCCGCGACAACCUCAACAACUCUACGUUUGCGUACGUGAUGCGCCACCACACACAGCCCCCACCCCCUCCCCAACACGGCGAGCCCACGACGGGCCAGUCGGCGUCCGAUUUCGAAAGCGACGACGUCCGUCCCAUUGGCGCGUCCGACCAGAGCAUCAUGUCGUCGUCGGAAGACGACGAGUUGACAACGGACGGCGGACGGCCCGACACGGGCCGCAGCUACCCCUUGACCGUCAUGACUGGCGACCAGACUGUGCCCGACGGCAAGACGACAUGGGGGGACGGUGUCGGCGGAGAGUGCAAGGACGCGAGCGAGGAAGGCGGCGACUAUGACUGGAUGGAGGAGGACAGCCCGUUUGCCGAGGUCCGCGCGUCCGUGUCCAACAUUGACGACCCCGAGAUGCCUGCCCUCACGCUACGGUCAUGGGUGUUUGGCAUGGUCCUCUGCCUGAUCGUGUCUGGCGCCAACACCUUCUUCUCGUUCCGCAACCCCACCCCGACCAUCCCCGUGCUGGCGGUCCAGAUUGCCGCCUACCCAAUAGGCAAGUUUGCCGCGUGGGCCCUGCCGAUUCGCGAAUACACGCUGCCGCGAUGGCUGGGAAGCGUCAAGUUUAGUCUCAACCCGUGCCCGUUCAACGUCAAGGAGCACACCAUCAUCGUCAUGAUGGCGAGCGUCGCCGUCGUGCCAGCGUACGGCAUGAGCACCAUUGUUGCAAGCGAACUGUGGUACGGCAAGAACCUCGGCGUCGGCUUUAGCAUGCUGUACAUUCUCGCCACACAGGUCACGGGCAUGUCUCUGGCCGGUAUCGCGCGUCGGUUUGUUGUCUGGCCCGCAUCCAUGAUCUGGCCGGGUGUCCUCGUCCUCACCACCAACUUGAACACGCUCCACGCCGAGGCCGACAUGGGCGGCGGCGGCAUGUCGCGUCUCCGCUUCCUGCUCAUUGUGGGCAGCGCCGCGUUCCUGUGGUACUUUGUCCCCGGAUUCCUGUUUACGGGCCUGUCGUACUUUUCGUACGCGACGUGGAUCGCACCGCGCAACAUGGUCGUCAACCAGCUGUUCGGCGUCAACAACGGUCUCGGUAUGGGUAUCCUGACGUUUGACUGGGCUCAGAUUGCGUGGAUCGGUUCGCCCCUCACCGCACCGUGGUGGGCCCAGGUCAACGUUGCGUUUGGUCUCUUCCUCUUCUACUGGCUGUUGACCCCGUUGCUCCAUUACACGAACACUUGGUACACCAACUUCCUCCCAAUGUCUGCCAUCUCGGCCGCCGAUCGAUACCAGAAUGUGUACAACGUGACCCGCAUUUUGACGCCCGAGAUCACCCUCAACACGACGGCCUACGCAGAGUACUCGCCCAUGUACUUGACGUCGACGUUUUUGGUCACGUACAUGCUGGCGUUUGCGCUCACGACCUCGCUCAUCGUCUACACGGUGCUGGUGCACGGUACGCGUAUCUGGCGCGCCAUCAAGAGCGUCCAGUCAGAGCCCGACGACAUCCACAUGAAGCUCAUGCGUGAGUACCCCGAAGUCCCCGACUGGUGGUACCUUGUCGUGUUUGGCUGCUGCAUCGUGCUGGGCAUUGUCACCAUCGAGGUCUUUUCAACAGGUCUGCCCGUGUGGGGCUACUUGGUCUCCAUCGCCAUGACGCUCGUGUACAUUAUCCCCUCGGCCAUCAUGUACGCCCUGGCCAACCUCGAGCCGGCGUUCAACCUCAUCGCCGAGCUCAUCCCGGGCUAUGCGUUCGAGGGCCAGCCCAUCGCCGGCAUGAUCUUUAAGACGUUUGCAGUCCAGACCCUCGCCGAGUCUCUCAUCUUUGUGCGCGACAUGAAGCUGGGCCACUACAUGAAGAUCCCGCCUCGGUCCAUGUUCUUUGCGCAAAUCUCCGCGUGCUCCAUCGCGUGCUUUGUCCAGGUCGGCGUCAAGGAGCUCAUCUUCCGCACCAUCCCGGACAUGUGCUCCACGCACCAGAAAUACCUCUUGGUAUGCAGCACCGCAAAGACAAUGUACACGGCCUCGAUCACGUGGGGUCUCAUCGGCCCCGCACGCCUGUUCGACAAGGGCGGCAUCUACCGCCCCCAGCUGUGGAUGCUGCUCGUCGGAGCGCUCGCGCCCUUUCCCUUCUGGCUGUACUGCCGCAAGUACCCCAAGUCGAUCGUGCGCAACGUCAACGUGUGUCUGGUCUUUUGCGUCGCCCUCUUCAUCCCGCCCGCGACCGGCAUCAACGUCGCGAGCUUCCUGUUCGUCGGCUUUGUCUUCCAGUUCUGGGUCCGUCGCCAUGCCUUUGCCUGGUGGUGCAAGUACAACUACGUGCUCAGCUGCGCCCUCGACGUCGGCACGCUUCUGAGCGUCAUCUUUGUGUUCCUCGUGUUCAAGAUCCCCGGCGCCAGCAUCAACUGGUGGGGCAACACCGUCUAUGUGAAGACGCUCGACUGGCAAGGACUGGCCUUUGAAAUGGCCCCAGCGACAGGCUUCGGUCCCACGACGUGGAAGGUGUAA